UAUUAACACAAAAGAAUAAAAUUUAAUGCAAAAGUUUCAUAUUCUACUUUGUUUUGUACUAUCGAAAAUAAUAUACAAUGAAUUCAAUACCUCCUACUAAACCUCCAAGAGGUAUUAAACCGACUAAAGAAACAAGUGGUUUAUUGAUUUCUGUGAUUCGUGCCCUGUCAGCAAGUGAAACUAAUGAACAAAGAGAAAUAGAAAAAGCUAAACUUGAAAAGGAAUAUAAGAAAAGUGAUCAAAGGCUUGAUGAAUUGGUAUCGUUACAUGAUCAAGAUCUUGCAGAAGUUAUGCAAAUAUUUAGUGCUUUAUCAGAAAAAGUAACAGCAUCUCGCGAGAAAAUUCAUGCAGUCAAAGAAAAUUUAAAUGCCUGUAAACAAUUGUUGAGGUGUAAGCGAGAAGAAUUGUUAAAUUUGUGGCUUGAAGGUAUUGAACAUAAACAUGUAUUACAUCUUUUAAAAGAUGUGACUGCUGAUUCCUGCACUAGAAUGUUACCCUUAGCAGAUACAGAUGCAUUAUCAGUAUCUACAUCGUAUAAUACAGCAUCAGACUGA